GGGAGGCCCGGGGGGUAAACGAUCCCGCUGUUUCACGUUCGUAAUCUGGACGCUCCCGAGCGUGGCGCGAUAGGGAAGGGACUGAAGGACAGAAGAGAAACGAGGCCAGAGAAAGGUGUGCUAAGCGGUGCGUGACGCAGUCCAGAGUCCGACAGCAUGGAGAACAACAUCACGCAGAUCUCUCGGGAGGACCUAGAGGACCUGAGAGAGGCCUUCAGUAAGAUAGACAUAGACAACAGUGGCUAUGUGAGUGACUUUGAGCUGCAGGAACUCUUUAAGGAGGCCAGCUUCUCGUUGCCCGGGUUCAAGGUCCGAGAAAUUGUGGAGAAGUUCAUCGCCGCCGGUGACACCAACAAAGAUGAACGGAUCAGCUUCGAGGAGUUCGUAUCGAUCUACCAGGAGCUGAAAAGCAAAGAGGUGAGGGAGUCUUUCCGCAAGUCCAUCACCAGGAGAGAUGGAAUCCGAUCCUUCGGGGGGACUUCGGGCAUCUCCAGUGAGGGGACACAGCACUCAUACUCCGACGAGGAGAAGGUGGCCUUCGUGAACUGGAUCAACAAGGCCUUAGCGGACGACCCCGACUGCAAGCACCUGGUUCCCAUGGACCCCGAAAAUGACAGCCUCUUCAAGUCUGUCAGGGAUGGCAUUCUAGUCUGCAAAAUGAUUAACUUAUCCCAACCAGACACAAUUGAUGAGAGAGUUAUAAACACCAAGAAGCUAACAACAUUCACCAUGAAUGAGAACCUGAUGCUGGCCCUGAACUCGGCUUCGGCCAUCGGUUGCACUGUGAUCAACAUCGACGCCCACGACCUGCAGGCCGGGAAGCCUCACCUCGUGCUGGGCCUGCUUUGGCAGAUCAUCAAAGUCGGCCUAUUCGCUGACAUCGAGAUCUCCAGGAAUGAGGCACUCAUCGCUCUCCUUGGGGAGGGGGAGGAGCUGGACCACCUGCUGUCCAUGUCGCCGGAGGAGCUGCUGCUGCGCUGGGUCAACUAUCACCUGGACAAUGCAGGCUGGCAGAGAAUCGCAAACUUCAGCGAAGACAUCAAGGACUCCAAAGCCUACUUCCACCUGCUCGACCAAAUAGCGCCCAAGGGGGAGUGUGAUGAAGAGCUGAGGAUCUUUAUCGACAUUUCAGGAAUAAACGAGCGUGACGAUGAGCAGAGGGCGGAGCUCAUGCUGAGACAGGCGGCGCGGCUGGACUGCAGGCAGUUCGUCACCCCUCAUGAUGUGGUGGCGGGGAACCACAAGCUGAACAUGGCCUUCGUGGCCAACCUGUUCAACACGUACCCGGCCCUGAAUAAGCCCAGCGACAAUGGCAUUGACUUGGCCCUGCUCGAAGGGGAGUCGAGAGAGGAGAGAACCUUCCGGAACUGGAUGAACUCCCUGGGCGUGACCCCAUACGUCAACCACUUGUAUCGUGACCUGGUGGAUGCCCUGGUCAUCUUUCAACUGUAUGAGAGAAUCCAGGUCCCCGUGGACUACAAGAAGGUCAACCGACCUCCGUAUCCGGCCCUGGGUGCCAACAUGAAGAAGCUUGAAAACUGUAACUAUGCAGUGGACCUCGGAAAAAGGGAAGCCAAAUUUUCCCUGGUGGGAAUCGGCGGAGAGAACAUCAAUGAGGGUAGCCAGAUGCACACCCUGGCCUUGGUCUGGCAACUGAUGCGGAGGUACACCUUGAAUGUUCUCUUUGAUCUUGGAGAUGGCGAGAAGGUCAACGACCAAACCAUCAUCAACUGGGUGAACACCACUUUAACCCAAGGGAAGAAGAACACAACCAUCUCCAGCUUCAAGGACAAAUUGAUAAGCACAAGCCUUCCUGUCAUCGAUCUGAUCGACACCAUCGCUCCCAACGCCAUCCGAGAGGAGAUGGUCAAGAGAGGGGAAAUGACAGCCGACGACAAGCUGAACAACGCAAAGUACGCCAUUUCCGUUUCUCGUAAGAUCGGGGCGAAAGUGUACGCUCUGCCCGACGACCUGGUCGAGGUGAAGCCGAAGAUGGUGAUGACGGUGUUCGCUUGCCUGAUGGGCAGAGGGCUGAAGAAAGUGGAUGGCUGAAACCCCCCCCCCAAACAACACCUGCCCAUCUGCAGUGAUUUUACUCCACCCCUGAUGUAGACAU